AGAAAAGAAAAGAAGAGAAAUGGUGCGCCGAUCCGUCCUGGUUUACGACCUGCUUCGCACCGAGCAGCCGCCCGAUGGCUUUUCCCAGAAGGAGAUCCUGACGCACAUCAGCAGCAAAUAUGACAUCGUGGCUAGCAAAACUCUACAGCGAGACGUGGCCCUCGCCUUGCGUCACGGUUUAGACUUUGGUAUACUCGCUAAGAAGAGGAACAAAUUCAGGUGCCUCUUCCUCGGAAAGCUCUUCCGGGAAAUAAUUCCGACUCCUUGA